GAGUCGGAGCUAGACUUGUUCGUGAGGUUGUUUGUAGAAACGCAGGCAAAACUGCCUGUGUAUUUCGUAAGGAGACUUACGUUUACGUUUCGCUUUGUUGCCGAUGUUUUCAUUUGACUUGGAACUGAAAAUAUACAGAUAUUAACGAGAGAGCGAAUCGCGGACUUAUCUGACAGAACAAGUUUUGCUUUCAUUCAGUUCGGUCGAACGUGCCCUCUAAAAACAAACGUAAAGGCGAAGCAAACAACGACAGUUCAGAUUCAGGGGUCUCCCUCAUUUCAGUUUUUGACAAAAGUGGCCUUCGUGCUUUUUAUACGCCGUUCCAGCGAGAUUUUCAUCAUUUCGCUUUCGUAUUUUCACGCGGUGUCACAACAGCGGUGUUGACAACAGUCGGAAACGGAAACGGAAAGUGGUGGAGCUUUGCAGCUAUCAAUUUCACAAUCGAUUCUGGGCUCUUGUUUGAAUUUUCCAUCGACCAGCAAACACCUUCAUACACAAUAAGAUCUUAGUGCUUUUUGCGUGUUAUCCGUAGAUGUGUUAUUCAGGUGAACCGAUUUUUGUCUGAAUCGGAUUUCCCAACGUUUUAUUUUUCUCGACGCAUAGACGAGACUGCAUAUACAAAAAAAGACCGGUUCCCCUGUUGUCCACAGACAUUUGAUGAACAACUCAUAAAAAAUAGAAGACAAUUUUCUCUAUAUUCACUGCGUAGUCUCCAGACAGACAGACCGGCUUUAUGCACCCUCGGUAAACACUCUGGAAAUGUGGUUUGUCUCAUAUUCUUCGUCUUGAAACACAACCCCAGAACAGGAUCGACUUGGAUUUUGGAAAAAUCCCACAGGAAGGAAAAGAACUCGAUUUAAACUUGAAACUCCGUCUCCGAAAAAGGUUUUAUUGACCCAUUCGUACCCGCGGUCUCAAGUACAUUCGUUCACUCCCCUGCCCACUCGUAGGUGCGUUUAUUUCGAAUUUCUUAAAAUCUACAUCCCCUUUGACGACGACGGCGAUAAAUCAUAUUUUUUGUCUGCCAGAAAAUAAGAUUGGCUUGGUCGUGGGUAAAUAUCAGAAACAUUCGUGGUUGGGCCGCCGCCGAAAGUGAAAGUGAUGUUUGUGUCGUUUCAUCAAUAAUUUUGAGAUACUUUACAUAGUGAACGUUUCUGUGCUCUUGCAAUUGCCUCCGUUUAAUUCAAAUAUUUCGAGAAUUGGCUCAGAAAGUGAGGAAAAUUUUUAGCGCAUUCACGCAGCCAAACAAACCUCUGUCCAAGUGAAAUCGUUCUGCGGCGUCCAACAAGUGAAAACACAAAAUACAAGCUACAAAUUGUUCAGUGAAUAAUCAUAAGCAACAGCAUCUCAGCCUGGGCAGCAUCACCAACAGCUGAUUCUGCUACGAAAAUAACAAUACUACCAAAUAGAAAUCAUAAUUAUCAAAAUCACGAGUCUAUCGUGAAAUGAGUCCUGAAGAUGACACGACAACAACGCCUCGGAUAUUAGAUAUAAAUUUAGCCGAAAUGAAUGAUCGCAAUAUCCGUAAUGGAGGGGGAAACCAUACACCACAAAAUGGUCAUGCAAAAAAUGGUAGAACGAAUGGAUAUCACAACAAUGGAAUGGAAAACUUGAAUGGCAAUGGUCACGAUACACACAUAUUGGCACCACUUCUACAAAAGGAUUCAACUCUCUCUGCUGAAACAGUCCUGCUGUGUCCUAGCAACAAUAACGAAUGGAAAGACUCUGAAGGACUCAACAAUCUUAAAAAUGGUAUGCACAAAUCUCAUGGAAACAAUAAUGGAUCUCUAAUGAACGGAAAGAAUGGAUUCGGGGUGGAUAAGCUGACUGAAGAGGAAGACCCUCUCACAGGCGUUUACAGUUCGGACAAAUUAAAGGAGGAUGAUCCAUCUUGUGGAAUUUUUAGCUGUCGACCGAAAUGGGCACGAUGUUUCGCAUCUACAAAUAUGUUCAUGGUGGUGUUUCUGUUUGCUUGGGUCCUGCAAGGCAUGUAUCAGACCUACUUCGUGAGUGUCAUAACCACUAUCGAGAAGCUGUUUCAAAUCAAGUCGAAAACUAUUGGAAUGUUGCUGAGUGCCGGAGAGGUUGGACAAAUAUCGACGGCACUGUUGCUGACAUACUUUGCCGGGAGAGGCCAUCGGCCACGAUGGAUUGGAAUUGGAAUGGUCGUUUUUGCCAUUGCCACACUUUGCUGUUCCCUACCUCAUUUCAUUUUCGGCCAGGAAUUGAUGAAUUCAAGUCAAUUCUCUCUUAACAACGGUGAGACUUUAACAAAUAAUCAAUUAAUGCAUCUAAGCAAUGGCAGUGCAAGAGAAAAUUUACCACAAAUACGUAACUUGUGUUAUCUAUCGAAUAGUUCAUUUUCCGGAGAUGAUGAUGAGUGCCAAGAUGAUGUGAAGAUUGAACAAGCUUCCCAUUCAAAAAUAACUGUGAUAGUCUUAUGUAUAUUUGCUGUUAGUCUUCUAAGUGCCGGAGUUGGACAAACAGCAGUAUCAACACUUGGAAUACCUUAUAUCGACGACAAUGUCGCAAGUCGAGAAUCUCCUAUCUACUUAGCCAUUACGGUAGGAGUGCGAAUUCUGGGACCAGCUACAGGAUUCAUCGUGGGCUCAUUUUGUGCCCGCGUAUACGUGUACCUGUCAGAUCCAGGGUUCGGCCCAAGUGAUCCACGUUGGAUUAGUGCUUGGUGGCUCGGCCCAAUUAUUAUAAGCGCAUUAAUGAUGCUUUCGUCAAUUGCCAUGUUUUCGUUUCCGAAAGAAUUACGGAAAAAUCGGCCACAAACACCAGCCGAACUUCUUAACAACGAUAAAGAAAAUGUUCCGAAAGAAAGUACACCGAAAUUGAAAGAUUUCCCUCGAACGGUUAAACGACAACUCAGUAACGACAUUUUGAUGUUCAGGACUGCUUCGUCCGUUUUCCAUCUGCUCCCUAUUGCCGGCCUGUAUACAUUCCUUCCAAAAUAUCUGGAGACUCAAUUCAGGUUACCAGCCGCUGAUGCAAACCUUAUAUCAGCAUUCGGUGGAAUUUUAGUAAUGGGUCUCGGAAUAUUUCUCUCCGGAAUUGUGAUUUUGAAGAUCAAACCCAACGCUCAAAGGGUCGCAGCCUGGAUCGCAUUCACCGCAUUUGUGUAUUCUGUGGGUAUGGUGAUUUUGAUGUUUGUUGGUUGCAGCAUGGACGACUUUGUCGGUCUGAAAGUUAACGAGGAUACAUCUCUGAAGUCCUUCGAGCCUACAUGCACCACAAGUUGUCACUGUGAUCCUACGAAAUUCGAACCAAUUUGUGGAGCAGAUGGAAAAAUCUAUUUUUCACCCUGUCAUGCAGGAUGCAGCUUGUCCGUACAAACAAAUGGCACAAUGUUUUACAAGGAUUGUGGAUGCUUAACCGAUUUUAUUGCGGAUCAUCCCGAAUUUUCAGCAGUCGGUGGCUACUGUGAUACAAAGUGCAAAAGCUUCAUUUUAUUCAUUUGCAUAUUUACAAUAUUAGUUUUCGUACACUCAACUCAGGAAGUCGGAAGUAUCCUUCUCAUCAUGCGAUGUACGGAUCCGAAAGAUAAGGCUAUGGCCAUGGGUGUUAUACAAUCCGCCAUAGGCAUUUUUGGUAAUGUUCCCUGUUCGAUUUUAUAUGGAGCAAUUAUCGAUUCGACGUGCUUGAUAUGGAAAACUGUGUGUGGAAAACCGGGAGCAUGUUCAUUAUACGAUACUGACGUUUUCCGACGAUAUUUUCUGGGCAUGACCGCCAGCAUAAUGUUCUUAGCAUUUUUGAUGGACUUAGUUGUUUGGAAGAAAGCUCACAGAAUAGAUAUAGCUCCAGAUGCUGAAAUUCCUAAAGAGACUGACUCUGAGAAACCUGCUAUCACGCCGGAAUCCUCAGUGUAAUUUUAACAAAAUAAAAUAUAACCUAUAAUCUCUAACUAUAGACUAAUAUAAGAUAGUAAAGGAGAAAGUAAACCAAGAAACUCUACAUAGAUGUAAGUGAAAAAACCAUACAUCGGUAUAUAUUUUUCAACCAAUUGAAAACAAAACACGAAUAUCCUCAUUAUGUUAUAAUUUUAUUAUUCAAUGCCAUCUGUUUGUAUGUUUAAUUUUCUAUAGUUUAUAAGAGAGUAAAGAUCAUCUGUGGUAGUUAGAAUAAUGCCUUUAACCCGUUUCUCCAUUUCAUUGAGUUACUUCCAUUUGGAUACCACACACAGUUGGUUAUUCAUUUCAUUGCACCAUUCUAAUUUUUAACGAAAAUAAACACAACAAAAUGUUAUAUUUAAGAAUGUAAUGUAGAUGUGGAGAUAUUAUGCAACGAAUAACUUUUUUUGGAACGCGGCACUGAAUACCAUCAUAUACAUACAAUAAUUUUAAAUUUGUGUCUUUGUUUCUAAAUAUAUUUCUGUUUUUGAAUUUUGAUAUGAA